AUGAACGAUCAAUCGAAGAUGAUGAUGAAUUUGAACCAGAUGAUGAAGAUGAAUCCGCCUCAGCAGCCUCAGUCUCAGAUGAUGAAGAUGAAGAUGAAUCCGCCGCAGAUUAUUAAUCAGUCUCAGGAACAGUUUCUCUCUCAGAUGAACCAUAAUCAAGGAAUGAAUCAGCAGAUGAUGAAUCAGAAUCUGGCGCCGAUGAUGAAUCGUGGUGGAUAUAAGGUUUGGUCUCAACAGCUUCCUUUGGAUCCUAACAUCAAGUUUCAGAACCCUAAUUUCGCUAAGCCGGGUCGUAGUAGUAAUAAUAAUAACAACAACAACAACUGGAAGGGGAAGAAGGUUGGUGGUGAUAAGAGGAAAGAUGUUAGGAGAAUGGAAAAACCCAAUCAGAGUCUUGGUUAUCAACCACCUACUCUUCAGGAGUUGCAAUCUCAGAACCGUUUGAAAGCUCGUAAGUUCUAUCCUAAGAAGAAGUUUAAUGCUAGAUUUGCUCCUUUUGCGCCCAGGAAUACCACUUCCUAUAUUAUUCGUGCUAAGAAAUCUGGUGGAAUUGCAUCACUUGUGUCGCCUUGUCCUGUGACUCCGGCUGUGCUUCCUACGCCUAUAUUGUCUCCUUCCAGGGAGAUGUUGGGAGAUAUGGCAAAGGAAGAGUGGGGUGUUGAUGGGUAUGGGUCGAUGAAGGGUUUGAUUAGGCUUCGAGAUGUUCAUGAUGAUGAGGAUGAAGAUGGGGGUGAUGGGUCGAGUGAGAGUGAUGUGGAGGAACAUGUCGAGGUUGAGAGGAGGCUGGACCAUGAUUUGAGCCGGUUUGAGAUGAUAUAUCCGAAUUAUGGAGGUGGGGAUUAUAAUAAUGUCUUAGAGAAUAGGGUUGAUGAUCAGGAUUCUCAUAUUGCACAGUUGGAGGAAGAGAAUUUGACUUUGAGGGAGCGUCUUUUCUUAAUGGAGAGGGAGUUGGGUGAUUUGCGAAGGAGGAUGCUGUUUCUUGAGAGGCAGAGUCAGAACCAGGUUGUGGAAGAUGUCAAUGAGGAAGUUGUGGAGAAUGUGUCUGAUAAUGAGAGUGAUGGGGGAUCUGAUGCACCUGUUAUGGGAAUUGAGAACAAUGCUGAGAUGGUUGAUUCAAUGAUGGAAAGUGAGAGAAAUGAAAACAUUGAGGGCAAUGCUGCUGUUAAGUCAGAGAAUGAUGGAGUAUCAGAAGCUGAAGGUGUAGAAGAUGUUUUUAUGGAAGAGUCUGUUCCAAGCGAGAUGGUUUCGAAUCUGGAUGAGUUCAAAGGUAUUGAAAUGGGAGGUGGCUUUGUGUUUGAUGAAGUUAAGGGAGAGAAGGAUGAGCUUAAGGUUGAAUUAGCCACACAACAGUGUGUACCAGAUGAAGCUUUUGCCAAAGAAAAUGAUGGCGAGGAUCAAAAAGAGAGUGGCAAGAAUGAAAUGAUCGAUAGAAGUGAUGAAUCGAAAACCCAAGAAGCGACGAAUGAAAGUGCAAAUUGCUUAGUGAGUGAGAAGAUUGAAUGCAAGAAUCAGGUAGUUGGGACAAGUUCAGGGACUUCUGGAGAUGAUGAUUUAUCUGUUCCUGAGUAA